CGCUUCUUUACUCAUUGAUUGUCCCGAAAUAACCAAUCCGUUAUCACAAUGGGCUUCACUUGAAUGCUGUAUGUGAAAGGCAAUUGUGUGGCAAGAAACAGAAAGUGAGAGUGGAAUGAAGUGUUAACAGCUGGAAGGAGAAUUGGCUCAGGACACAUUUGAGGAAAUACUGCUGCAUGGCAAGAAUGAUAUAGCCUUCAAGUGUAUUGCCUGAAACAACUGCAUAGCAUUAGUGAUCAGAGGAUUUUCAAACCUGGCAAAGAUUGGGUAAACUGUAUCUGAGGAGGGUCAGCACAGGGAGUUAUGGAUUGAUGAGGCGGAGAUCCAAGACUGAAGAUUUUGAAGGUGCCGGCAUCUGAUCCAGUCCCACAGGCUGAGAAGGACAGAAGAGAAAACAGAUCUAUUGUUGUUAUGGCUACAUAUGGCAAAACAAGGCAUCGUUUCUUGAUAGUAACUACAAUGGAAAAGUCAUGGAGGUUCCGGGUCAUUGUUGAAAGGUGUUUGCUUACCUUGGUGUCGUGGUCCUGGAGUCUCUGCCGCAUUUCUCUAUUAGCACUGAUACUCACAUUUCAUUUGUAUGGUGGCUUUUUAUUACUUGUUUUAAUAUUUCUGUCGAUAGCAAGUACACUGUACAAAUUUCAGGAUAUUCUGCUUUAUUUUCCUGAGCAGCCUUCCUCAUCUCGUCUGUAUGUACCCAUGCCCACUGGGGUACCACAUGAAAAUAUCUUCAUCAAAACCAAAGAUGGAAUUUGUAUUAAUCUUAUUUUACUAAGGUUUACUGGAGAGAGUGCGGCUCAUACUCCAACAGUUAUAUAUUUUCAUGGAAAUGCUGGCAACAUUGGUCAUAGGCUUCCUAAUGCUCUACUAAUGCUUGUUAAUCUAAAAGUAAAUGUGUUGCUAGUUGAUUAUAGAGGCUAUGGAAAAAGUGAAGGGGAAGCUGGUGAAGAAGGCCUUUACUUGGAUUCCGAAGCUGUGCUGGAGUAUGUAAUGACGAGACCAGAUCUUGACAAAACUAAAAUUAUACUGUUUGGACGCUCCUUAGGAGGUGCAGUAGCCGUUCAUCUGGCUUCUGAAAAUCCUCAUAGAAUAUUUGCUAUUAUGGUAGAGAACACUUUUCUUAGCAUUCCACAUAUGGCCAGCACUUUGUUUUCCUUUUUCCCAAUGAGAUAUCUUCCAGUUUGGUGCUAUAAAAAUAAGUUUUUGUCAUACAGAAAAAUUGCACAAUGUAGAAUGCCUUCCCUUUUCAUCUCUGGACUCUCUGACCAGCUCAUUCCACCAGUUAUGAUGAAGCAGCUGUAUGAGCUAUCUCCAUCUCGGACUAAAAGACUGGCUAUUUUUCCUGAAGGAACUCAUAAUGAUACUUGGCAGUGCCAAGGAUACUUUACAGCACUGGAACAGUUUAUCAAAGAACUCGUGAAAAAUCACUGUCCAGAAGAAAUGGCAAAAACAUCUUCUAAUGUAACAAUAAUAUAAUUUUUUCUUGGACAUUGCACUCUGCAUUUGUUUUGUGAACAGUUGUAAAUGAAUGUGGAUUUUUUUUAAUGCUUACUCUCUGUGUACUUGCAUUGUGGGAGUGGAAUUGAACAUUAAACAGUCCUUAUAAAUUGUACUGUACAUUUCUCCCUUGCAGAGGCUCAGCCCUCCCCUAGUAUACAAGCACCACCAUCUUUCUUGAGACUGAAAUCUUUCCCUUUUGUAGGCAUCAUUAUUUAGAGUUUAAUUCCUCUUUCUUAGGGGACUCCUGGCUAAAUGUGUUUGAGACACAUUGUCUCAUUUUGCUUUAGAGAGUUUGGCAUAUAAAGCAAACUUCUCUUGCUGUGUGUGUGUGUGUGUGUGUGUGUGUGUGUGGGUGUGUGUGUGUGUGUGUGUGUGUGUGUCCAUUUUCCUGAGUCUUUUCUCAGGUGGACACCAAGAGGACUGUUGCAGUGCUCUUGAGCAUGUGCUUGUGUAUUGCAAGUCAUAGAAUAUGUAGCCUCAAGUACAAGCACACUUAAUUUUACUGCUCUGCUUACAUUAUCUGUCAUUUGGUUAGUAUCGUAUUAGAGAUUGGAAGCACACCCUAUCUUUAGUACAGACCAUUUUGUGAAACACUUCGCUUAAAUAUGCUUCCUGUGGGCUGUGUGAUAAUUUACUGUUAUUUCUGAACCCAAGUCACUGGUCUCAUGAAUGGUAGUACUAAUGUUCAGAAGGUGGCAAACCUGAAAGGGUUUCAUUUCUUAAACAUCUUGGUGCGUCAAAACUUGUUUCAGUAUCUGCAGUAUGGUGAACGCAUGGCAAAAUGUGCAUAUAUUUUCACAACUUCUCGAACAUUUUCAUAAUUGAAUGUAAGAUGUGGUGUAAAUGAGUUAUAAUCAGUUGAAUAGUUGGGGUUAGCAUGAGCUACUUAAAAACUGUUACAUUUUAAGCAGUUAUGUGUACUUAUGGUUUGGAGAGAUCUUGACCAGUCAGGUUUCAUUAUCCACUGAUUUUUACAUUUGGUUAACUUGCAUAGAAGAUACGUACUGGAUGCAAUCUUUUCUGAAGGUAUUAACCCCAAACAGCCUUAUUUUCUGAAAAACGGUACUGUGUUGAAAGGAAUUUAUCAAUGCUUUUUUUUUUUCUGUGGAAGAGCACAGGAAUGGAAGCUGUAUUUAUCUUCAUUACUUUAGACAAUGAAUUAAGAGGAGAAAAAAGUAAUUUCACCAUCAGUAUUUCCACAUUGCCUUUGGUUAUGAAGAAAUUUCAUAUUUUCAUAAAAAAUAUUUGGAAAUUUGCUAUUGUGGAUUUAGUUUGCAGAAGGUAUGUGAUUUUGUUGUUGCAUUUUCUUAUUCACAUACAGCUUAAUGAAAUCAAAGACUGAAUUUAGAGUGCUAGUUUGCAAUUGUCAAGUAUUUCUGAGGCAGUAAUACCUCAUAAUGAGGCACUUAUAAUUUGUAAAAUAAGUAAAUGACUCCAGAUAGCCACACUUGUUUUUUGCCGCACUUAUCUUCUACAUUGCUAAAACUGGAGACUCGUUUGGACUGUACAGACCCACAUUAUCAAGCCAAAUAUGUCACUUAAUGAAUGUAGUAUACAAACAUGCCUAGGAUGUUGGUCUUAAUUUAGCCCUACAACCUUUUGGUACUUCGCAUCACAUGGGCAUGUUAUAGGGCUGACACAAAUGCACAUUCUGUCAUACUUAUUUGCUUUGUGUUUCAGGUUUGAUUCCAUUGCAAAAACCAAAACAAGCAGUGCUCAAAGAACAUGAAGUUCUUUGACUUUUAUUAAGUUGAUAGCCAUUUGUCAUUCUUUUCUUGUAAGGCAGUGAUCAUAUUUUUUUUGCUUUGUUCUUAAAGUUGCUGUAUAAUUAUAAUAUUGAUGGGCACAAUGAAAUGAAUGAGAUGAAAAACAUUUCUGUGAAUUAUUAGAGAAAAAUGCAAAUCUAUUAAGCAUCUCAACUACAGAGUUUAGUAUUAAAAAUAAAAGUCUCUGUGAAACCUG